AUGGCUGAUAGUCAAAAACCUCUUCACCCUGAAGUACUUUGGGCACAACGAAAAAAUGAGAUUUAUGUUACCAUAAAUCUAACUGACGUUAAAGAUCCAGAACUUAAUCUAACUAAAGAUAAAAUUUAUUUCAAAGGUUUAGGAGGCCCUGAUAAGAAACCAUACGAGCUUGAUUUGGAUCUAUUCAAGGAAAUUAAUCCAGAGAAUUCAAAACGUUCAGUUAGUCCACGUCAAAUCUUUUUGGUUCUUGAUAAAGCUGAACAGGAUCAACCUUACUGGGCACGUCUUCAAAAAGAUAAAUAUGAUGAUUCUGAUGAUGACCCUACUCCAGAUUUGGAAGAAAUUCAUGACUCUUCUGCCAAUAUUAAUCAAGAAGAAGCAAAUAUUACUGAAGAAAAUAUUACUGAAGAAAAUAUUACCGAAGAAAAAAAUAUUACUGAAGAAAAAAAGGAAGCCGAUUCAACCUAA